UGACGGAGGAGGUGGGGCGAGGGCAGCGCGCAGAAAUAGGGCUCUGGACGCCCGAGCGCAGCCAGCCUCCAGCACAGCCCGCGGCCCGGUGCGAGCUCCGCCCGCUGCCCUGCCGGUGUGCCAAAGUGCGGUGGUCCCGCAGGGAACCGGGCUCGGGGAGGGCCUCUGUGAGUCAUCUGCUGAGUUGUCGCAAUCACCACCCAGAGGAACUCAGGCACCGGGCGGGGCGCGUUCCCGGCUGCGCUCGCGCGCUCUGCCGCGCUGCGGUGUCCCUCCGCUUACCCGCAGCUCCAACCACUGGCUCGCGCUACCCAGGUCUGCGCACGCCGCGGUGGCUUCAGCCCAGACCUGGGCCGCCGGCGGAGAAGGAGUUAACUGACAGGGGCGAGGAGGAGCCCGGGGAGGAAGGAAGGAUAUUGCCGUAAUUCUGAAAGUUUUUUUCCUUCCUCUCUUCCCCUCGCAGAGGUGAGUGCCGGGCUCGGCGCUCUGCUCCUGGAGCUCCCGCGGGACUGCCUGGGGACAGGGACUGCUGUGGCGCUCGGCCCUCCACUGCGGACUUCUCCCGAGUGGGUGCGCCGAGUCAUGGAGGGCGCAGAGCUGGCCGGGAAGAUCCUUUCCACCUGGCUGACGCUGGUUCUCGGCUUCAUCCUUCUGCCUUCAGUCUUCGGAGUGUCUCUGGGCAUCUCCGAGAUCUACAUGAAGAUCCUGGUGAAAACUUUAGAGUGGGCCACAAUACGAAUUGAAAAAGGAACCCCAAAGGAGUCGAUUCUUAAAAACUCUGCUUCUGUUGGUAUUAUCCAAAGAGAUGAGUCACCCAUGGAAAAAGGGCUCUCUGGUCUACGAGGAAGGGACUUUGAGCUGUCUGACGUGUUUUAUUUCUCCAAGAAGGGAUUGGAAGCCAUUGUGGAAGAUGAAGUGACCCAGAGGUUUUCCUCAGAGGAGCUAGUGUCAUGGAAUCUCCUCACAAGAACCAAUGUAAAUUUCCAGUACAUCAGUCUGCGGCUCACUAUGGUGUGGGUGCUGGGCGUCAUAGUGCGCUAUUGCGUCCUACUGCCUCUGAGGGUUACCUUGGCUUUCAUUGGGAUCAGUUUGCUGGUUAUAGGAACUACACUGGUUGGGCAGCUGCCAGACAGCAGGCAAUACAGACCCCAGAAGGGAGGCAUUUGUGUUGCCAACCAUACUUCCCCAAUUGAUGUUUUAAUCUUGACAACGGAUGGAUGUUAUGCUAUGGUUGGCCAGGUUCAUGGCGGCUUGAUGGGAAUUAUUCAGAGAGCUAUGGUCAAGGCUUGUCCUCAUGUCUGGUUUGAACGCUCAGAAAUGAAGGAUCGACAUCUGGUUACUAAGAGACUAAAAGAACAUAUUGCUGAUAAGAAGAAAUUACCCAUAUUAAUUUUUCCUGAAGGAACUUGCAUCAACAAUACUUCAGUCAUGAUGUUUAAAAAGGGGAGCUUUGAAAUCGGAGGAACCAUACAUCCCGUUGCAAUUAAGUAUAACCCUCAGUUUGGUGAUGCAUUUUGGAACAGCAGUAAGUACAACAUGGUGAGCUACCUGCUUCGAAUGAUGACCAGCUGGGCCAUCGUCUGUGAUGUGUGGUACAUGCCCCCAAUGACCAGAGAGGAAGGAGAAGAUGCAGUCCAGUUUGCUAACAGGGUUAAGUCUGCUAUUGCUAUACAAGGAGGCCUGACUGAACUUCCCUGGGAUGGAGGACUAAAGAGAGCAAAGGUGAAGGACACCCUCAAGGAAGAGCAGCAGAAAAAUUACAGCAAGAUGAUUGUGGGCAAUGGAUCUGUCAGCUAAGAGGACAGCUGACAGCCUUUAGAUCUAGAACUAGCCCUUAGAAAUGGAAUGGCUUUGUUUUCUGUUUUGUUUUUAUUAUGAUUGUGAAUCUUUUCUACAGAAUGAUUGUCUCUACCUCUUUAUGCCAGAGGCAGAACCUACAGGUGCCCUUUUUGGCUUUUGUUGUUGUUGUAACAUUAGCCCCAUGGAUUGUAAGGUGGUUUACUGAGUUCAAACAGAUUCUGCUUUGAUAAAAUGAUGGCGUCACUGUUGACUGAAUGAAAUAUUUGUAUAGAAAAAAGUGCUUGAAAGUGUGUUUGGAACUCAUCGAUAGGGUAAUUCUCCAAAAAUGCCCAAACUCUCUUUUUAUAAUUAGCCUUGCCACUUUCUUCAGUCACUUAAAUGGUGAGAUUACACAUCAGUGCAAGAUGACCAUUAUGGUUAUGGUCUACUGCAAGGUUGAAAGGAACCCUCCAUUGUAUUUAGGAUUGUAUUUAG